AUGGUGAAGAUAUCUUUUGGAAGCAUUGGAGACUCGUUCAGUGCUAGCUCAAUAAAGGCAUAUGUAGCUGAGUUUAUUGCCACCCUUCUCUUUGUUUUAGCUGGGGUUGGGUCUGCCAUAGCAUAUAGAUAUAAAUUGCCAAUUGCAAUUGGGUUCAUUGUUGGGGCUAACAUCUUAGCCGCCGGCCAAUUUAGUGGUGGGUCGAUGAACCCAGCCCGAUCUUUUGGGCCUGCUGUAGUUAGUGGAAGUUCUACUUUCUACGAGAACUGGAUCUAUUGGGUCGGCCCGCUCAUUGGAGGAGGUUUGGCUGGGCUGAUUUACGGUGAUGUCUUUAUUGGGCUACCAGCACAUUUACCUUUGCCCGUCUCCAGGGAUUACGCUUACGGUUCUUUAUUGGGUCUCACAUGGCCCACUACCGGUCAUCACCACUAA